AUGGUGGAAUCCACUGGGGGAAACCCUGCCAGGCCCAGCUUAUACGCGCCUUCCAAGGAAGCAAGCUGUGCAAGCACCGCGUGCACCGAGGCACCAUAUGCAUCAACCACCGCAUGCACUGAAGCACUGAAGUACCAAGGGCUGAGCAUGCACCUCGGUACCGAAGCACUGGGGGCAGCUAAAGCAGUGGUGCCUGCCCUGACCUCGUGUGAAGUUUUAACAUUUCUGGACUCACAUAUUGAAUGUAACGUGGGCUGGUUAGAGCCACUUCUGGAAAGGGUGCACAUGGACAGAAAAAAGGUUGCAUGUCCAGUAAUUGAAGUUAUAAAUGACAAGGAUAUGAGUUACAUGAUAGUUGACAACUUUCAAAGAGGCAUAUUCAAAUGGCCCUUGGUAUUCGGAUGGAUGGGGAUCCCUGAUGAAGAAAUUAAGAGAAACCACAUAAAGGAUUCAGACCCAAUAAGGUGUCCUGUUAUGGCUGGAGGUCUGUUUUCUAUAGAUAAGAAAUAUUUCUAUGAACUCGGCACGUAUGACCCUGGACUUGAUGUGUGUGGGGGGGGGGGGGGGGGGGGGGGGGGCAUGGAGAUUUCUUUUAAGAUUUGGAUGUGCGGAGAAGAAAUAGAGAUAAUUCCAUGCUCCAGGGUGGGCCAUAUCUUUAGGGGUGACAAUCCCUAUAAAUUUCCUAAAGAUCGAGUCAAAACAGUUGAGAGAAAUUUGGCUCGCGUCGUUGAGGUGUGGCUGGAUGAUUACAAAGAGCUGUUCUAUGGGCAUGGCUACCACCAUCUUCUCAAUAAGAAACGUAUGGAUAUUGGAGACCUGAAGCAACAGAAAGAACUCCGAAAACAUCUCAAGUGUAAAGACUUUAAAUGGUACCUGGACAAUGUCUACCCUGACUUGGAUGCACCAUUAGUGAGAGCUGAUGAUCUGCUUUUCAAUCUUGGAGUUAGAAAAUGUCUUUCAAUUGAGAACAGCACCCUGUCGUUCCAAGCCUGUGAUCUCAACGAAAAGAACCAGCACUUUAACCACACUUGGUUGAGACUAAUCCGUCAGCAGAACUCUUGUUUGACUGCAAUAGAUAAAAAAGGCACAGUGAGCCUAGAGCAGUGUGACAAUGCAAAACAUCAUCUAAGGUGGUUGCACAAAUCACUUAUAUUGGACCCACUGUUUACGGACCACCUCAUUUUAGAGCAUCUGCAGCGACCCUACUGUCUUGAAGGCAGCCCCUCAGAAAAUACCAUUAAGAUGGCAAUGUGUAAUUCAAGCAGUCCAUUUCAGAAGUGGAAGUUCACAAACUACUAUGCCCAAUAAACAGAACCAUAGAAACUCCGGAGACUGAAAAAAACACAAGUGCCUUUUAAAGUCUUCAUGGUUUACAAUUUCAUUUUUUGUUUAAAAACAACUUCUGAACUUGUCAACUUUGUCAAGUCACCUGCGGUGACAUGCUGUAUGUGAUUUUGUUUUUAAUAACAUCCGCAUUUUCUUGUUUCAUAUAUGGAGCAGUCAUACAGUAUUGCGUGGUGUAGCCAGUUCUCCCCAGUCUAGUUUCAGUUUUUCAGUCUUGAUCUGUUUGAGGAAAGGCAUUUGGUUUUAAAAAUAUAACUUUAAAUACAUGUGGGCUUAGUAAAGUUAUGAGAAAGGUAAAAGUUUGUAGAUAAACAUUUUUCUAUAAAAUAUUAUUAUUAUUAUUUGUUUAUUUAGCAGACGCCUUUAUCCAAGGCGACUUGCAGAGUCUAGGUUGUGUGAACUAUGCAUCAGCUGCAGAGUCACUUACAAUUAAACAAAAACAAUGCCAAUAAGUUUUAUAUACUGAAUUCUAUUUAAAAAAAAAAAAAUGCUGUCAUUUUUUUUCUUCUAUCACAUAACAUCACAUAAAAAUUAAAGCACAUAUUUACAGUGAUAUAACUUGAGUUGUACUGUUUCUGAUAUUUUUAACAGAAUGGUGUUAUGCAUUAAGCUUAUUGGUUUUGCAGAGCUGUAAUCAUGUGUUAUGAUAUGUUAUUAAUUGCUCAGGGAAAUUUAGUUCAGUGAAUCUGCUUCUGCAGUUUUUGUUUUUUUUUCCUCAGGCUGACAAUGUCCUUUUGGACUUGAUUUAUAUCUGUAUUUAUGUAUGUCUUCCUUUUACCACCAGAGGUCACUAUUGACUUAAAAUGCUUGUGUGUAAUCACCAUUGUAAGAUGAAGUAAACAGGGCAGUGACAUAACAAGAUACUGUAUUGUCCUUUUUUAUAUUUUACCAUCUGUUUCUAGUGUUCAUAAAAUAAUAAAUCAAUGCCUUUAUUACUGCUUUAU